AUGGAAGGUAAUGGCAAAUCGACCCAUGCACCGAAAGGGGGAGGAGCUGUCGGAACGCCAAAAGCGGAGAGACCCACCGAAACCGCGAAAGGAAAAGCACAAGGAAACAAAAAAAGAAAACAAGGAAAGGCACGGAACGGAAAGGAGCCCUCCAAUGACGAGAGCGAUGAAAGCGACGUCUACUUUUACAACGACCUCCAGAGAUGGAAAAAUAAUGUGAAAGUACCAAUAUGGCUAAAGAAGCCAAAGGACAAAGAAUCGAUAAACGAAUUUUACAAAAAUGUGAUUAAAAAAUUGUUACGAGUUAAGAACAAAAUAAGAGCGUACCGGAUAGAAGAGGCAUACCUUAUAGACUGUCUUCGAAGAUGUUUGAUUGACUUAAAUUUAAAUUCAAUUAGGUCCCUCGAUUAUGUGAAUUAUAAAAUGGUUAGGAGACUAUGUGCAGAUGACUGCAGCACGAUUCUCAAAAAUGAUGGACAGGACGAAGAAAAUGGGAAAUGUUUUAACCGCACCAAAAAGCAAGGUGACCCAGCGGAUAGUAAAAGAGACAUUCUGCAUGAAUCUAUUCUGAAAGAGGACAACUAUGCAGAUCAGAUUACGCACAUUCGUGUGGACUCAGCACCCGACAAAGUAACUCCUCUAACUGCAGAAGACAUAAAGUGCUUGAUAGAUAGCUUGAAAAACGCCCUAUCGGUGGAGCAAAGAAACAAGAAGAAAGAUCUAAUGAGACACGUCUUUAACAAGGUAAUUAUUCCGGGGGCAUUUUUCGAAAACAAUAACUUCUGCCCCAUUUUUAUGAACCUGCUAAAGCUGGACAUAUACAAUGCUUGCUGCUUGAGCGGCACAGAGGUCAGUCCCAAGUUGAUGAGUCUGAUUCGACUUUUGAAUAACUUUGAUGAGGGGGUGGCCGAUGCUGGCAGCACGGGGGAGAAGCAGAAAGGCGUUCCCAGCGCAAGCACUGCUGGCACGAAGCAGGAGGAUAGGCAAAAGGAUGAUUCCCAACAAGGGGAUGUCAAACGGGGCGAUUCCCAACGGGGGGAUGCGCAACCGCUUCGCAGCCACCACAACGAAUCAGAGGAUAACUCCUAUAGGGAAAAUUGCCUCUUUUUCCAAAGCCAAACGUCCCUAUUCAAGCUAUCGCAGUAUUGUAUAGAAAAGCGCCUCGUGGAGAACCACCCGGUCACUUCCUUUGACACCAUCUACAUUUACAACGGGAAGGAACCCCACAGUGACGCCAACCAAUCCCAAUGUGACAGUGACAAGUGCAAACAGAAGAGGAAGAAAUUACUCCCCCAUGCAAAUUUAAAAUAUUCUCUCGAUAUCCAGAAAAAAAAAAACGAAUCUUUACAUUUCAUUAAUGAGAAAAAAGCUAUCCUGGAGAAUGAUUCUACUCGGUGGAGGAUCACCCACCGUGGAGGUUCGCAUGAGGAGAUGAACCACCCCCAUGCGGAGAGACAGUAUGAGGAAGGUGGUUCCCCUGUUAAGGAAGAGGUUACGGAAGAGGUUAAGGAAGAGGUUAACCGACGGAACGAGGACGAAGCGGCUCUGGCCAACGAGAAGGUCGCUUCUCUCAAGGCAAGGGAAAGUUCAUGUGGGAGAGUCGUGCAAGAAAAUUUAAGCCAUUCUGAUAAGAAGAAGGAACUACAAGAUGGGGAGAUUGCUCCUAUAGAGAAAGAGGCCAUUUCUGCAGAGGAGGAGGCCAUUUCUGCAGAGGAGGAGGCCAUUUCUGUAGGGGAGGAGGCCAUUUCUGUACAGGGGAGUAUAAAAGAAACGGAGCAAUCGUUUGACAGCGCGGUGAGAAGCGUCAAGGGGACAAGCAAUUUCGAUUACAAGGGGAGCCACCCAAAGUGUCACACAGAAGAGGGCUCUAAAGAAGACGCACUCAAUUAUUUACAAAACGAUUGGCUUGAAUUCGAUGAUGAUGGAGGCGUAGCAGGACGGGGGGAAUUAGACGAAGAGUCCUUGCAUGGAGGUGAUACCAACGGGUGUGAGGCGCCACGAAGGGAAACCACUCCGUCAACAGACACAGAAAGGUGUAGGCUGUAUAAAGAUAACGAGCCCGAACGAGGUGACCAAAUGGAUGAAUUACGUCUGGAGGUAGCUCAGUCAGGCACCCACAACACUGAACGUAACACAAAGCUACGUAAGAGGAAGCUGUCCCACAGUAGCCACAACAGCGCAAACGAAACUCAGUCCUUCCAAUUCGACACCUUUGAGCUUUUUAUGGAUAAUGGAAAAAUUAAAAAAAAGAAAAUGCUGGAUGGCAUUAACGAAUUUGAGCAUGUCCCGAUUGAGGGGAGAAACUCCACUGGGAAGUGGCACGACAGUGGAUGCAGCGAUUUUACGGGGGCGAAAGUGAGGGUCCAGUUAGAGAGUCGCGAAGUGGGGUGCGGUACAGAACAGUGGUCGGGUAGAGACACAGAUAGGGAGAGCUUUGCUAACCAGGGCAGCAGCCCCCUAGAUGGAGAUAACCCCCUCAACCGGAACGACCACAUAACAUCGUCCAUAGAAAAGAGCCCUACGAGCGCUCGUCCCCCGAGUGGACACUCCCAAGCGGGUCAAGACAGCGACACGUCCGUCAUCAUAGAAAUGAUUCACCACGACAGGAAGAAGGAUUCCGAUUCGGAAGGAGGGGCAGUGAAUCCGAUGGAGAAGUUUCCCCCCAGCAUAACAAGGCCAAAUUGCAGCACAGCUGUUUUGUCUGAUUUUUCUACACACAAGGAAGGACAUCCGGAGGAAGAGGAUAAGAACCUCAGAUCGGGCAUAGGCCACUUGUGCGACAAUGCCAGUGUCAGUUGCGUUAUCGAUAUGAAUGACUAUUUGAAGGGCGAUGGUGCAGAGUGCCUCCCCCUCCUCCCCCCCAAGGUGGCUUCCAAUUCGGAGGUCAUCGUUUUGGAGGACGACGAUGAGGAGGGGGAGGAGCAGCGGAAUGAUGAUAACAGCGGGGAGAGCAGCGCCAGGGACAGCCACCACAGUGCGCGCAAGUGGGAAGGUAUGAUCGAGGCAGUGAAACACACACCUUGGAUGAAUCCCCCAACCCGAAGGGAUGAAGCAGACGGGAGCAUCUCUACCCAGACACCCAAAAAAAGAGAAACUGAAAGUAAGAAAGAACUCUCUAUCCUCAACAUAGACAUAAACAAAAUGAACAACGUAGUGCUGGAAGGACUUAUGGAAUUUUUUGGACUAAAGAGUAAAAGACUGUCGAGAAAAAUCUUAAUCACAGAAUUGACUAGAAUACAAAGGUACCUAAAUGAACAGUAUGAGCAAAUGGCAAGAGAAUACCACCCCCCGAUUGACAUGCGGAAGGAUCAUUCCAAGUCGAGGAAAGGUAGUAAAGCUCCUCAGAUAGAUUAUCAAACGGGGAGUGACACUUACCGUGACAGGGAAGAGGGGGAGAAGUGGAGAAUCUGUACCGACCGAUGCAGUGAUGGUGUCAGCCACCCGAUGGGUGUCCCGCUGGGGGAUGUGCAUGCAGAGGUACAGCGCUUCUUCCAAGAUGAGAAGUGGUUCGACGGUGCUUUCGUAGGGGGGGGAAGUGCCAGCCAGGUGGAUAUCACUCAGAGGACUUCCCACCAAGUGAGUACCACACAGGGGAGUCCCCUGCCCCUGAAUGAUGAUCAAGCCAAAUCGCAAGAGGACUACCUAAAUCGGAUGAAAAAAAAAAUAAAGCAGAUGGAAUUAAAGGCGUUGUUUGAAAGAAUCGAUGAGGCUAUCUGCGUCAAUGAGGUCCUCCACGAUCACAUAAAAAGGGACAGACAAAUUGAGUACUCCUUGUUGAAAAAGUAUCUGCUUGAUUGCAAACUAAGCGUCAACCGGGAAAUUGUCUUGUCCUACUGUAAGGAGAAGGAAAUUCAAGUUGUGCUGAAGAAGAAGGCAACGGUGUGA